AUGUAUCUCCCUUUCACAAGAGCAUCUGAUACAAUUACCAAAUGGAUUCUAUGUUUUAGAAAAGAGACAAUAAACGAUGUAUCAAACAUUUCAAUAUGUAACAAUCUGGGAGUGAUACAGUUAAAAGGUAUUUGCGAGGAUCUUUCGGAAUUGUCAUUACCGCUACUGUCGAAUUUUAGAAUCAAUGAGUAUAACACGUCAGCUGAUCCUCUAAACGUUUUCAAGUCAAAUACGAAUCAAUGUGAAGCUAUUACCUCGACCGACGAAACUAGGAUUAGAAUUGAUUCAGAAAAGAAUUGUCAGCGCGAUAAAACACAUAGAUACAUGACCAUGCAAAUUCCUGUUACGAAACCGGUAUUUAUGAAAGUGAUUGGCAUGUCGACAUGUGCCGAGACAAAGCUUUCAGAUUCUGAGAUUGUUGAUAUUAUGGAACAUCUUCUGAUAUUUUUGGAUAAUCAAAGGUCAGUUCAGCGCCUCAUAUGCCAGUAUUUUUUGAACGAUAACGGUUUGUAUGAUCGACUUGGAACACUUUGUGAAGAAAGAACCGGGCAGAUUGAACAAAAAAAAUCGUGUUUUGAGGUAGCUUACUGCAACUUAGUAAUGGAAAUGCGUAAUGAAAUGUGUGUAUAUUCAGAAGAUGAGCAUUAUAAUGUUGUAUUUAUGUCAGAUAUUCAGGAAAAGAAAAACCGACUACUCGUUCAUACAAAUUUUUUGAACAUGGCUUCGUGCUUAUUUCCAAAGAAUGUUAUGGAAAUGAACAGUGGUUUCUUGUUUAAUAAUCGUGAGAAGCUAUAUAAUCUAUACAGAGAAGCAUCAUUAGAUGAAUCACUUCUUGUGAUUGAUAUUGAUUUUUCGGAUAUUUUCCAUGAUCCAGUGGGUAAGAGCUACAUAGAAUCUUUCUGCAGCGUCGCAGGAUUGAAUAUUCACAAAGUUCUAAGAUGCAAUUUUCUAGCGCUUUGUUGUGUAAAAAAAAUAGUUCUACGAUUUGAAAAAACACAUUUGACCUUCGACCUAGCUUUUUUAUCAACUGUAGAGGUAGAUAUGCAUUUGAAAAAAUGUGUUCUGCGAAACUGUGUUUUAUUCCCCAAAUAUCUCAAAAAACUGAAAAUAUCUAACUCAUUCAUCCGUUGCUCUAUAGUUUUACCUGAAAAUCUGGAAGAAAUAUCACUAAAAGAUACCGAAAUCAUAAAAGAUAGUACCGUGAGAGUUGACGAGGGUUGUAGAGCGAUAUGCAUUGACCAAUGUUCAGGUAAUAUUUAUAUUCCCUACAUUGAAAAAAACUUCCAUGUUACAUUUGGAGGCACUUGGUCAGUUAAACUAGUACGGAACAGCGAUUGUUUUAUUGAUGUGCUGAAGAUGGCUAAUGGGACCUUCACUGACAGCUUAGAAAAAAUGAAUCAAAACAUAAAAAUGCUUAUUCUCGAAGAGGUAGAAUUAUUAGCAGAACUUGUGCUCGUUCUAGGAAAAUUCUUAGAAAACAUCACAUUAACCAAAUGCACUGGUAUAAUUCGUUUAUACACUCCUAUAAGUGAACAAAGUAUACAUAUACGAAUUAAUUAUGGCCAAUUGGUCUUUGUCAGGUCGAAAAAAAACGAUUCUUGGGAAUUCAUAUUGCAGUCGGCAUUGUUAAUGAGUACCGUUAAAUUCAACGAUAGGCUGUCGAAAUUGCACAUUUGUGGCGUUGACUUUAAGUUAGACAGCCAUAUUGAGGUUCACAAAAACACAAGGAAUGUUAUUUUGGACAACUCCUACAGAUCGGUUUUUUUGGAUGAUGUUACGGGCCGUAAAAAAAUUAUUCCGAUAGAACAGAAGGAUUUCUGUUUAGAAAUGUCCGAUGAAUCCUCACCAUUUAAUAGUUCUGACGUAACACGUUCAUAUGAAAGCCAGCGGUUGUUAUUGAAGUACGCACACGUGAAUAAUAGUGAAUUUUUGAAAUCAAAUAUCAAAAGACUAGAAUUCCGAAAUGUUAUCGUCGAAGAAAAUUGUGUUUUACAAAUUGAUGAUGGCUUUGAAGAGUUAAAACUUUAUGGCUGCAUCGGUAAGUUCAAAAUACCAUUUGUAUCUUAUGAGAGCGAAUCCAUGAUAGAUUUUCACGAGACUGGAUGUUCGCUAGAAAUUGUUAAAACUUCGAUAAGUACGUAUAAUUUGGCCAUAAAAAACAUGAAUACUAGUAGGUCAAUAUCCGUAGAUGCGUGCAUUAGCGAUCUGAAUCUUCAACAUGUGGUUAUGAAUGAGGACUCGGUUUUUUCUCUUAAGCAUACGUGCACUAACAUCUGUCUAAGUUAUUUCAAAGGUCGAAUAAUCGCUCCUCAUAUUACGGCGCUCGACAGGCUGGUGUUGUCCAACAUGAAUUUGACGACGAACCAGUUUUUAUUAUCUAUUCCCACCAAUUUCUUGGAGGCAAAAAGCGUUGUUCUCGAUCAUAGCAUAGUAGUGCUUGGUGCUUUUGCCCAGACCAUGUAUCUAAGAUGGGCCAAAUUGAGCACGGAGACCGCCAUACAAAUAAUAUCGACCAACAACCUCAAUAAUUUCGCUUUCAGUUCUAUAGCAACACGGAUCGAUAUUACCAGUAUAAUAAGAAGCAUGGAAAACAGCGAACCGUCAUUUUUAGUGGAUGGGGACAUAAAGUAUUUUAGUGAGGAAGGUAUGAACGGUUGUACAACAUUCGAACUCAGAAACUUUCAAGUUCGCGCUCACUCAGAAUUAGCAAAAAAUGUGCAAUUCGUUGAUUUAGAAUACGUUUUUUCCGAUAAUAACUCGAUAUUACGCCUGAAUAAGGAGGUAGAAUACAUAAGGAUUACAUUUUGUCAGGCAAAUAUUGAUGUAGCCAUGGUAAAGGAAUUAAAAUCAGCCGUAAUUAAUUGUUCUUCAUUCGUUUAUGAUCAGAAGAUCUAUCAAUCAUUAAUUUACUUGUGUAUUUCAGAUCUAACAAUUGAACAGAAUGUAUACCUCGGCGAGAACCUCAAAACGCUGAAGCUUGAGGAGGUAACUAUCAGCAGAAACUGCACAUUUGCAAUAAGUAAGAAUAUUUCACGCUUACACAUAGAAAGAUCAUGUGGAAUGAUGUGUAUGUUAGGAGUGGGUGGCUUCACAUCUUUGGCAUUGGACUGCGGAAACACACUUGAAUAUGUAAGCGUUCCCACAACACGAGGUAGUUAUUCGCUGCGCCUUUCAAACUUUUGCUUUGAGAGUGAUAUUCGACUUUCCGAUGACAUAGAAGAAGUCAUUAUUGAGUAUGCCAAGGUCACCAACAAUGUAAAGCUAUUGCUCGGUAGGGAAUGCAAAAGUGUAGAGUUAAACACGAAUUGUAUUAAUUUGGAUAAUACUAGAGCUAGUAAUUUACAGAAAAUAACACUAAUAGCAAUUUCAUCGCAUGUUCUAAGCCAAAUUUUUUCGAUAAACUCUCUUAACUGUCUAACACUCGAAAAACUUAAUCUAAACAGCGUUACAAAAUGUGCAAACCACAUACGUACCGUUAUAUUGCGAAUGAUAGAUGUUCCGGAGGACAGGAUUUUUUAUGUCGGCGAAAAUUGUGAGGAGUUUCAAUUAUUACAAUGCAACGGAACGUUUGACUUGUCAGCAGUCAAAGUAUUAAGAAGGCUUGUAGUAAUUCCGCGAUUAAAUGGGACUAUGUGUCUUAAGCCACUGCAUUCAUCCCUGCGAACUGUGCGUAGCCUAGAAAUAGCUUACAAUUUUAAAAGCAGUUUCUUACAACAGGUAUUAGCAUGGUGUGUCAAUGUUGAAAGACUAACAUUACAUGGCUUAUAUUACGAUGAAGCAAUACGAUCACAUGCAUUUUCAUAUAUUUCCUUCGAGAAAAUUUUUGGUGUUUUUGUCACAGACAUUUGGCUGAAAAAGAAGCAUGCGGGCUUACCAAAACAUUGUCCCACAAAGUAUGACAAGAUGAUGAUAAUAAACCUGAAAAUGAAUGUAGUAUUUAAUGACAUGCUUACUUUCAAGACAUGGAGCAGACUUAAAUACCUGAAUUUGGUUGGGUUUAGCCCAGACAGUAGAAACACCAAAUUACUUAGAUUGUUUCGAAACCUGAAAACCCUCAUCGUAGAUUACCAUUUUAUCGAUGAGUACUUUUUUUCAUUUCUACCCCACGAGCUUGAGACACUAAAAAUUGCUGAAAGAAAUGUGCUUGUCGAUAGUACAUACGAUACGGAUACUCCGAAAUGCAAUCUAGACUUAGAGGGCCUAAAAGACAAUAGAAAUCUGAAAACUUUAAAUUUGAAUAAAGAGAUUUCUCGUAUCAGUGCUGUGUUUAAUUUUCUGCCGGAAAGUUUGGAAACCCUUCAGGUUACUUGGUUCUUUCUAAAUGAUGCAUGCCGAGUGAAAAUACUAACAAAGAAAAUUGCGUUGAAACAGCUGGUUUUAUGUGUAAACACCGAAGAAAAGUCAUCUUUUAUUGACAGAAACCCAUUUACAAGGCAAUAUCGUAGUUUAUUUGAUUAUUUUCGUAAUUUUAUCGACUUUGAGGGUCUUAUUGAGUUGACCUUAGAAGUAAACGGCGAACAAAUAAACCUGGAUACAAAAACAUACCGAAUCAAAUAAAAGUCUAUUGUCAAGAUGAUUUUUCCUUCAGAACGUCGUCAAACAAGGAUCAUGUAACAUAAGAUUACGGAUAGUAAACAAGUCGUAGGAUAAAAGGAUAAUUUGAUGUGGAUUAUACAGCGCAAUAAUAUUUUUUGCCCACUGUUUGCUGUUUAAAAACAAAAAGUUUCCUAUAAUUUGUUAGUCAUGUCGUAUAUUGGC